GACGUCCAGUCCGAAAUCUAGCUGUCUCCAAGGAAAGCAGCAGAAAAAGCAAACAGAGGUUCUGCCAGUUUUAUGUCCCAGUUGCUGAUUUUUUGAAGCAUCUACUUCUUGUUCAACAAAAGGAUGCCAGCUGUGAUUACAGUUUGGAAAAUGAACCCAACUCUUUGUCACCUCGCAGUGAUCGAUACAGCUUGACACAUAUUUUGGCAAAAGAAUGCAUGAUCACAGCACAACUGAGUCUCAGCAAUCCCAGUGCUUCCAAUAAUACCACUCCUGUAACCCCACCAUCAGAAGUUCCAAAACGUCAAAAGCCUGAAUCAAACCAUACCUCAAACAAGAAAACAUCAGAAUCAAGAGCGACCACCACAAAGUCAACAUCUACCACAGCCACAGCAAAACCGCAGCAAAAUACUUCCACUUCUACCACUUCUGUGAACUCACUGUCUAAGUCAGCAGAAUCAAGUCUCAUGACACCCAGGGCUUCCAUUUCUACCAGUACUGUGGACGUAUCAUCAGAAGAAGUCUCAAGAAAAACAAACACAAAAUCAUCAUUUACCUUGACCACAGCAGAAUCGAGUCUCAGCAGUUUCAGUGCUUCCACUUCUCCCACUUCUGUCAUCUCACCAUCAGGAACGGGGACACUGACUGUUGUGCUGGUCGUUGUUGGUUCUGGUGUAACUGUGGGUGCCAUCUUAUUGGUACUGGCAGUUUUCAGAUCUAAAAGAAGAACUGGUGCUGAGAAACUGAACAAACAAGAAAGGAAAGAGCAAGAUUUUGAUAUUUAUCAUCCAUACGCCACCAUCGCUGAGAAACCAGCUGCACCAGUCUCACAGGACAUGACCUACAGCAUGCUGCAGAAUUUCACUGCAACAGAACUGCUGUUAAUGUCACAUCACAGUUCACCUGCUGAAGUUAAAGUGAGAUGUUUUUACACUGGAGACCUUAAUUCAACGUCUGCUGACAGUGAACCAUCCUCCAUCACCAUACAAAGUCAAACACCACAGAUGAGUGUGCAGCAUUUUAAUGGGGAACAUGUUCGGUUUGUUUGCUCUCUGCCUGGAUCUGUGAAAGAUGAUACAAGAUGUAAUCUGUACUUUGGAGAAGCAAGUCAUUCAGUCCUCACAGUAGCUGUCGGGAAGAAAAGCAAGACAAAAAACAAACAGAGGUUCUGCCAGUUUUAUGUCUCAAUUGAUGAUUUUUUGAGACAUCUACAUUUUGUUCAACAAAAAGAUGCCAGCUGUGAUUACACUUUGAAGAGGGAACCCAGGUCUUUGUCUCCUCGCAGUGAUCGAUACAACUUAACAGCUAUUCUGGAAAGUGAAUCACCAAAGAUCAACAAACCGUCAUCUAUCAUGACCACAGAAUCAAGUCUCAGCAAACUCAGUGCUUCAACUUCCACUUCAGUGAACUCGAUAACAGGAUUGGGUACUCGUAAUCUAAACCCUACAACUGGUGUGAACACUCCUGUCAAAACAACUCAGUAUAUAACCUCACGAGACAGUACAACAAGUGAGACCGAGUGCAUCAAUAAUGUGAAGAUAAAUUGA